ACCUACAGUGCGUCAGGCCGGAGCUUUAUAGCGGCCGCCUGGGCGGCUCCGCUUGCUGUUUUUCCUCUUCUCCUGGUCGUUCCUCCUCCUGUGGCUCGCGAAGAUGCAGCUCAAACCGAUGGAGAUUAACCCCGAGAUGCUGAACAAAGUGCUGGCCCGGCUGGGGGUCGCCGGCCAGUGGCGCUUCGCGGACGUGCUGGGGCUGGAGGAGGAGGCUCUGGGCUCGGUGCCAGCGCCAGCCUGCGCGCUGCUGCUGCUGUUUCCCCUCACGGCCCAGCAUGAGAACUUCAGGAAAAAACAGAUCGAAGAGCUGAAGGGACAAGCGGUCAGUCCUAAGGUGUAUUUCAUGAAGCAGACCAUUGGCAACUCCUGUGGGACCAUCGGGAUCAUCCAUGCUGUGGCCAAUAACCAAGACAAACUGGAGUUUGAGGAUGGGUCCGUCCUGAAACAGUUUCUUUCGGAAACGGAGAAGCUGUCCCCUGAAGACCGAGCAAAAUGCUUUGAAAAGAACGAGGCCAUUCAGGCAGCCCAUGAUGCUGUGGCACAGGAAGGCCAAUGUCGGGUAGACGACAAAGUGAAUUUUCAUUUUAUUCUGUUUAACAACGUGGAUGGCCAUCUCUAUGAACUUGAUGGACGAAUGCCUUUCCCGGUAAACCACGGCACCAGUUCAGAGGACUCCUUGCUGCAGGAUGCUGCCAAGGUCUGCAGAGAAUUCACGGAGCGUGAGCAAGGGGAGGUCCGCUUUUCUGCGGUGGCACUCUGCAAGGCGGCCUAAUGCCCUGGGCGGGGGACGUAGCCUUUUCCCCCCUCUUCCCCUUCUGUGUGAAACCAA